AUUGGAGAAAAGCCGAGUACAAGAAAGAAAAGUAAAAGACGGAAAAGGGCUUCUCUCUCUCAGAUAAUCCCCAAAUCCUCGCCGUCGGUCUCCUUGACUCGCCGAUUCUUUCAUCUCCUUCGCCUUUCAAUCCCUCGCCCCGGCUGUCCUCGUUUCCGCACCUCCAUCUCCCAAUCAACGGCUGCGAUUAACUGCCGCUGAAAAAAACUCCCGUUCUCCUCCAACCUAUGAAAAGGAUUCUUCCUUUUCAUUCGACUGAAGAAGAAGAAGAAGAAGAAGAAGCAGCCCGGGUGGAGAAAUCUGUAACCAUUAUGCAUUUCUGGGUUUAAAUCCCAAAAGGGUUAUCGCGGAAUCGUCCGUUGGAUCGACUUGGUCAGAGCGAAACGGACGGCUCCGAUCGCAUGACUUUCCUCCAAGCUACCAUAGAAGAAGGACGCCUCACAUUCUCGAUGAUCUCCAGCCAAAUUGCAAGAAACUUCCCCAAAUUCCUUGCACACUAAGACCUAAAAGAUGAUCCUGCCACGUGCUCUUUCAGCCAUCUCAACCAUGCAUUUUGACUUGUUUUGAAGGCCUGAUUAUUCCACUCCUUCCAACUCGAUGUUGUCCCUUCCUUGAGUCAUAUUCUGGGCCAUUGAUGAUAAUCUCCAGCAUGUCCUCCUGCUCCCACUCCCCUCCCAAGUCCCAAUAAUAUCGCAGGAAAAGGUAUGAUAUCACAUAUGGUCCUUAGGAAGUGCAAACCUCCUGCUGGCACUGAUGCACCUUCUAUUAGCAUGCCACCUUUGAAUUUUCCAAAAAAGGCACAUGAGAAGGUUCAACUUGAGGAGCAAGAGUUAACAGCGAGUCCUAUGGAAGCCGAUGUAGAUAUUGACCUCAGGGAGGUUUAUUUUUUGAUCAUGCAUUUCCUAUCAGCUGGGCCAUGUCGCAGGACUAUUGGGCAUUUUUGGAAUGAGCUCUUGGAGCAUCAGCUUCUGCCCAGAAGAUAUCAUGCAUGGUACUCAAGGAGUGGGCUAUGCAGUGGUGAUGAAGAUGAUAAUGGUCUUUCUUUCCCCUUGAGCUACAAUAAUUUGAUGGAGAGGUAUCCUCAUGUUGAAAAAGAUCACUUGGUAAAGCUUCUGAAGCAAUUGAUACUGAGUAAUGCCCCUCCAUUGCAUGGCAUGGUUGGAGGAAAUGCUCCAAACGCAGCUGAUGUUCCUACACUUCUUGGAUCUGGUUCCUUUUCACUUUUGGACUCUGAUAAAAGUAAAGAAGAUAAGAAAGCCACUCAAAUCCCUGGGUGCCUGCGUUGGCCUCACAUGCAGGCUGAUCAGGUCCGAGGUCUAAGUUUGAGGGAGAUUGGAGGUGGUUUUACAAAACAUCAUCGGGCUCCUUCUAUUCGAGCAGCAUGUUAUGCCAUUGCUAAACCAUCAACUAUGGUACAAAAGAUGCAGAUAAUUAAAAAAUUAAGGGGGCACCAGAACGCUGUCUAUUGUGCCAUAUUUGACCGCUCGGGGCGCUAUGUGAUUACUGGUUCGGAUGACCGCCUUGUAAAGAUUUGGUCAAUGGAAACUGCAUUCUGCUUGUCCGGUUGCCGUGGACAUGAAGGUGACAUUACUGACUUGGCUGUGAGUUCAAACAAUGCUUUGGUGGCAUCUGCUUCAAAUGACUGCAGUAUUCGAGUUUGGCGUUUGCCCGAUGGUCUUCCAAUUUCAGUCUUGCGGGGCCACACUGCGGCUGUUACUGCCAUUGCAUUUAGUCCACGGCCAAGUGCUGUUUACCAGCUACUAUCAUCAUCCGAUGAUGGAACAUGUCGGAUAUGGGAUGCUAGGUAUUCCCAGUUCAGUCCCCGCAUUUACAUUCCAAAGCCUUCAGAUGAUGCAGCUGGAAAGAGCAAUGAUCACCCUCCGAGCACGUCACAGCAGGGGCAUCAAAUAUUAUGUUGUGCAUACAAUGCUAAUGGAACUGUUUUUGUCACGGGUAGCUCAGACACUUAUGCAAGGGUGUGGAAUGCUGUUAAAUGCAACCCAGAGGACUCCGAGCAACCAAAUCAUGAGAUGGACGUAUUAUCUGGCCAUGAAAAUGAUGUCAAUUAUGUUCAAUUCAGUGGCUGUGCAGUGGCAUCUAGAUCCUCUACAAUGGACACUUCGAAGGAGGAGAAUUUUCCAAAAUUUAAAAAUUCAUGGUUUACUCAUGACAACAUAGUCACCUGUUCUCGUGAUGGCAGUGCAAUUAUUUGGAUUCCCAGAUCACGCAGAUCUCAUGGAAAAGUUGGGCGUUGGACAAGAGCAUAUCAUCUUAAAGUUCCACCUCCUCCAAUGCCUCCUCAACCUCCUCGUGGAGGCCCACGCCAGAGAUUUCAACCAACUCCUCGUGGUGUCAACAUGAUUGUGUGGAGCUUGGAUAACCGCUUUGUGCUUGCUGCUAUCAUGGAUUGCAGAAUAUGUGUUUGGAAUGCUGUCGAUGGUAGCUUAGUCCAUUCUUUGACUGGUCAUAGUGAAUCUACAUACGUUUUGGAUGUUCAUCCUUUCAACCCCCGGAUAGCCAUGAGUGCUGGGUAUGAUGGAAAAACCAUAGUGUGGGAUAUAUGGGAGGGCGCACCAGUUCGGACAUAUGAAACUGGACGCUUCAAGCUGGUUGAUGGGAAGUUCUCUCCGGAUGGGACAUCUAUUGUGCUUUCUGAUGAAGUUGGCCAAAUAUACAUAUUAGCCUCAGGGCAAGGGGAGUCUCAAAAGGAUGCCAAAUAUGACCAGUUUUUCCUUGGUGAUUAUCGUCCUCUCAUUCAAGACACCCAUGGUAACGUUUUAGAUCAGGAGACUCAGCUUGUCCCACAUAGACGGAACAUUCAAGAUCUGCUUUGUGAUUCAAGCAUGAUCCCUUAUCCUGAACCUUACCAGAGCAUGUACCAGCAACGGCGAUUAGGUGCUUUGGGUAUUGAGUGGCGUCCUCCUUCCGUAAAAUUUGCUGUUGGCCCUGGGGAGCAUUUCGGCCUCCAAGAUUAUCCAAUGCUGCCAAUUCCGGACUUGGAUAGAUGGAUUGAGCCAUUACCAGAGUUUCUAGAUGCUAUGGAUUGGGAACAAGAAAAUGAAGUUCAAAGUGACGGGUCAGAUUCAGAGUAUAAUGUUCCUGAGGAGUAUUCUAGUGAAGGGGAGCACAUAAGUUUGAGCGCUGGUUCUUCUGGUGAUCCAGAGUGCAGUGCGGAAGACAGUGAGGCCGACCACGUUAAUAAGGAUGGUCUUCGCAGAUCUAGAAGAAGAAAACACAAGGCAGAAGUUGAGGUCACAACUUCUUCUGGGAGGCGUGUUAAGAGGAAAAACUUGGAUCAGCGAGAUGGUACUCUAUCCAAGAGUAACAGAAGAAGGAAAUCAAAACAUGGCCGGUUGGCUUCAAAGAAGAAAAAGUCUUCUAAAUCAAAGUCGUUGCGCCCUCAGAGACUUGCUGCACGUAAUGCCCUUAAUUUGUUUUCUCAAAUUUCUGGGGCAUCCACAGAUGGGGAAGAGGAAGAGGGCUCAGAGAAUGACUCAUCCGAGAGUGAAUCAGAGCUACCCGAUUCAAACAUUCAGAGCAAUGAAUCUGAUAGAUCAACACAGAAUGUGCGCCAAAAACACCAAAGGGAGAAAGAAGAGUCAGAUGAGUGUGAAACUGCAGUCAUACCUCCUGAACCGCCUGUUUACGAAACUAAUACUGUAAACAGGAGGAGAUUGGUCCUGAAGUUGCCAGUUCGUGAUCCGAAGAAACUCGCACCUCCGGAAAACACAAAAACUGAAUCCCAUGGGCAGGGUUAUGUAAUGGGUUCAUUAGGUAAAGCUCCUUCAGAUAUGACAAACCUAAACCAAACCUAUUCAAGCACCCAAGAAUCGGGGCCUUCUGGUGAUACAGUCAAUGCUGCUCUCCCUCAAAACUGUGGUGGAAUUAAUAUCAGAGAGAGAGGGCAAGCUGAAAUUGAAGAUAAGCCAGAUUUAUCUGUAGGGUACAAGGAUAACAAAAUCAGAUGGGGGGAAGUAAAAGCUCGAACAUCAAAGCGUUUGCGAUUGGGUGACAUUCUGUUGACAGAUGCAUGGCCUGCCUCGAACGUCUCCCUGGACGGGCAAAGCCCAACCGAAGAUGAAGCAAAUGGACAUCUCAAAUCAGAUGAUGAGUAUGGAAUCAUGGCACAUUCAGAAAAUCAAAUUCAUGGAGAUCGACCAGACAGAAAAGCCUACAGGAGGGAGGAGCAGUUUAGACCUAGAACUUCUGAAGGGUUUGGUGAUACAAAAGAUAAGCAUAUCAUUCCUGCAUAUGAACACAACUCUUCACUAGUUGACUUCUCAAGUAAUGACCCAUGUAAUGGAAACACAUCUGAAACAACGCGGCUUGAGGACAUGGGAUAUGGAGAUCAGCCUGGUAUGAGCAAAUAUGGGGGUCAUGAUGAGCGCUCAGAAAGUGCUGACAUAGUAAUUGAUAGUAGAAAUGCACCUGUUCUUAGUUGUAAGAAUAAUAUGGACAAUAUUCAAGGAGUGGAAGAGAACACCAAACCCAUCACUAGAAAGUUACGGAUUAAAUCAAAAGGAAUCUUGAAGGAACCUGAAAAUCUAUCCACUUCAAAGCUAAACUCUGUUACAACAAAAGAAGAUAGGAAAUUUUCUGGAUCUGAUUUGGUGUCCAGAAGUCCCAAACAGGGGGAACAUGAUCGAAUUGUAGGAUUGCCUGAGGAGGAGGAGGAUGGUAAUGGUGGAUCACUCCCAGACCAUCGAGCCUGGGAUGUUGGGCUAGGAAAAUCAGGGACUCCGUUUGAUCAGGAUUCAAAUAGGUUGCAUUCAUAUUCAAACACGUCCAAUGCUGUUUGUAGAAGGUCGAAAUCAUACCAGGCUAGAGCGAAUUCAGAAGCUGACAUCUGUGGUAUGGAAGAAAGUACCUCAAAUGCCAGCAAUCACAAUGCUGUCAUGGAAAUGGACUUUCCUGAGGCUGUGACUGAUGGAGCCCGUAGAACAAGAUCCAUGGGCACAAAGGCAACAACCCGGGAGCAAAAUCCUGCGAUAGGUAAAUUCAAAGUGAGGACAGGUCAUGGCAUUGUGGAGACAUCAAGAAAUGUUGAAAGAUUUUCCUUAAAUGGGCACGAGGAAUGGAAUUCAGGUUCAAGAGUGACUGUUGGGUUAAGGUCUGCUAGAAACAGGAGAGAGAAUUAUUAUGAUGGUGACCUAAGCCCUCCAGAUAGAAGAAAGGCAUACCAUGCAGCAAGAAAGCCAUCAUGGUUGAUGUUAACAGAACAUGAGGAGAGCUACCGAUAUAUUCCCCAAAAAGGCGACGAGGUUAUGUAUGUAAGAAAGGGCCAUCAACAGUAUUUAGAGUGGAGCCAUUCCCAUGAAGCAGGGCCUUGGAGAUUACUCAAGGGAAACAUACAAUCUGUAGAAUUUUGCAAGGUAGUGAGCCUUGAUUAUUCAACGCUUCCCGGUUCUGGAGAAAGCUGCUGUAAACUCACCCUUGAAUUUGUAGAUCCUUGUUCUAGUGUAUUUGGUAAAACCUUCAAAUUGACUUUGCCGGAGCUAGUUGAUUUUUCGGACUUCCUCGUUGAAAGGACGCGUUAUGAUGCUGCCGUUAGGAGAAACUGGACACAUAGGGACAAAUGUCAGGUGUGGUGGAGAAAUGAGAAUGAGGAAGGCGGGAGUUGGUGGGAUGGUCGGGUAAUAGCAGUGAAGCCUAAAUCUCCUGAAUUUCCAGACUGUCCGUGGGAAAGAUGUGUUAUUCAGUACAGAAGUGAUGCCUCAGAACCACAUUUUCACAGUCCUUGGGAACUUCACGACCCGGAUGGUCGAUGGGAGCACCCCCACAUUGACGAGGACAUCAGAGAGAAGCUGCUUUCUUCUUUUGCCAAGCUAGAGAACGUUAAAAAUCAGGAGCAUUUUGGGAUUCAAAAGUUUAAAAAGGUAUCGCAGAAAUCUGAUUUUCUAAACAGGUUUCCAGUUCCACUCUCUCUUGAAGUGAUCAAGAGGAGAUUAGAGAACAAUUACUACCGUAGUUUGGAGGCCGUCCAGCACGACAUCAUGGUCAUGCUGUCAAACCUCCAAUCCUACUUUGGGAAGAAUGCGGAGCUUUCAGUGAAGGUGAGGCGAUUGUCGGAUUGGAUGACGCGUAUAUUAUCGUCAUUGUUGGGAACCGAGACAGUUUUGUAGAAGAAUCAGUCUCGAAUGAUGUUUGAGAGCCUGCAUUGUUAUUGUAGAUAUCCUUUUUUUCCCCCCCUUUUUUUCUUCUUUUACUAUCUCCUAUUGCAAUCUUGCACCCAUUGAUCCAAUUUUGGAAAUCGGUUUUGUUUUUGGAGAUAGUUCUUUGGCAGUCCCUCUUCUCAAAGGAGGGAUCUCAGUCGCCUGGUUGUGGAAAACCACCCGCCAGAAUUUAUUCUUGUAUAGAACUAUUACCAUUAAUAAAAAGAAAAAAAAAAUCGAUUUUCUCCA